AUGGCGUCCAAGGCAGUCAACCGCCCCACCGACACCCAGGUCAAGGAGAGGGACGUCAACAACAAGCUCCAGCUGUACGGCAUCUGGUCUGCCUUCUCUAACGGCAAGGUUCCAUCCAACAAGCAGAUCGAUGUCGCGCUCAACAGCGCGCUGGCAUCGAAGCCGCUCUCCUCGCCCUCGAAGAAGCUCUCUGCCGACGGGCAGAAGCUCGCUGCUGACGUAAAGGACGUCAUUGAGGCCGCUAAGAUCCUCCUCCUCACCAAGAACGACGGCAACCUGCUCCAAGACUUUGUCUGGCAGACCCAGCAGAUCCACGGUGGCGACGCGAAGAACCCCAAUCUCCCCGUCGACAAGGAUAUCGCGAGGCAGCACGGCAACGAGGCUCUGGAGGGCCUGAGAACACUUGGAACCCUCCUCAUCUCCAACGGCCAGUUCAGGAAGCUCAUCAAUGACGGCCUGAUUAUCGUCAGGGAUAUGGUCGGCGAUGCUGCAACCAAAACUGCUCACCGGGUGAACCCAACCGAGGAGCAGCUUUCCCAGCUUGAUGAACCCGCUGCCGACAACACUUGGCACGAGACCCCCGACUUCAAGGGCAUGAAGGCCGAGUACCAGGAGAAGCUUAACAAGAACAAGCUCUUCGGCAAGAAGGAGGCCCAGAGGGUCGCCGACAACAGCGCUCAGGUCGCCCAGACUGAGGGUGGCGAGGUUGGCGCCGACCACGCACUUGGCGAUGCGAAGCAGAGGCUUGACGAGAACAUUCCCGAUGAGCAGCAGGAUAAGGCCAGACAGUACCGUGAGCGUACUCAGAACUACCUCAGGAACAAGAUGCCCAAGGAACGUCGUGAGCAGACCAUCUGGCGCCUCAAGAAGAUGGUUGUCGAGAUCCAGGGCCACCAGGAAUACAUGCGUGCCGUCGAGACCCUUCUUCGCCUGGCGGAAGAAUACACUGGCCAUUCAAAGAACCUUGCCGUGCAAGGUUCUGGGGCCGUGAAAGGUGCCCAUACAGAUGAUGCUUUGCAAGGAGCUGAGACUGACCUCAAGACCCUCCUCGAGCGCUUCGCCAACAGCACUUCCCUGGAUGAUCUCUUCGAGUCGAUCAACCAAAUCUACAAGGAUGCCGAUCGCGACCCUGAUCUCAAGAACUGGUUCAAGAACCUGGACACUUACAUCCGCAAGUGCCUCAAGGAGCAGGGCUUCAUCAUGCAGCCCGUCGCGAACGAGGAGUGGAAUCGCCUCUAUGAUCAGGGCCGUUUCCUCCUCCGCGAGCGUUACAGGAGUCACACUGAUCGCAUCGUUGACGAGUUCAAGUUCCUGGGCCAGCAAUUCGACGCUGACCCUCAGAACAAGGCCUUUGCCAACGCAGUGAACAAACUCUUCCUGGACCUUGGUCAGGACGAGACUGGAGCGGCUGCUUUCAAGCCUCACCUCCUCAAGGAUUUCUCCGAGGUCAUCGUUCCUGCAUUCUUCGAGAAUGUGCGGUACGUCCCCAUUCCUCGCAUCGAGUACAGCGACCCGGAGAUGGAUGCCAUUGUUGAGAACCUUGUCAUCGAGGGUGACAACUUGGCGCCCAAUGUCCUUGAGUUUGCCAGUGACAACCACUGGCGCUGGGGUCGCAAGAAGAUCACCAACAAGAACAAGAACAAGGUUAUGAUUUCCGUGUCUGGCGUCCAGAUGGACCUUCGCGAUGUCAGCUACUACGUCAACAGGAAGAAGGGCUUCCCCUCGCUCAAGGAUAAGGGUGUUGCUGACAUCUUCUUGGGUGGUGAUGGUCUGAGCUUCAAGAUUGCUGCUGAGACUGCCGAUAAGUCGGAUGGUCAGCACUUCUUCAAGGUGUCGAAGGUCGAUGUGGACGUCAAGAACUUGACUGUCAAGCUCAAGAAGUCUAACCACAAGCUGCUGUUUGGCCUUGUCAAGCCUCUCCUCAUCAAGGUCAUUCGUCCUGUUCUCCAGAAGGUUCUGGAGAAGCAGAUCAGGGACAACUUCGUCACGGCUGACGCCUUCCUCUACGACAUCCACCAGGAGGCUGAGAGGGCCAAGGCUGAGUUGAAGAAGAACCCCGACCCGGAGAAUGUUCAGAACCUUUACCAGCGCUACGCCUCUGCCGCGCAGAAGAAGUUCAUGGAGAUGAACCAGAAGAAGGAGAAGGCCAAGGAGGCUGUUGCCGACAAGAAGGUCAAUGUCGCCGUCACACAACACGACAGCAUAUUCAAGGACAUCAGUCUCGCUGGCGGCAUCAGCUCCAAGGCUACUGAAUUCAAGGAUCUCGCCAGGCAGGGCGAGAAGUGGGAGAGCCCUGUCUUCUCGAUUGGCUCUGCCAAGGAAACGUCGAACCUUCCGAAGAUGUCGGCUGUCACUCGCAAGCCUCACCGUACGGCAGUUGACAAUGCUGGAUCUGGAUACACCAAUGGCAACCCGAACUUCCAGACUCAGCACUUCCAAAAGGAGGUUAACCAAGCCUUCAACGGUACUACCGAGGGAGCUGACGGUCUGAGGACUGGUAUUCCCGGGCCCAAUGGCCAACACACGUCCCUUGGCGCUGGUAACCCUGUUCUCCAGGGAACUGUCUAA